GCACCGCCACCGCCAGAGACAGGGUUGCACAACACAACGGUCGCAGAGGUGCUAUCGACCAAAGGGCAAGACAAGGCCGGGUCCUGGCUCUGGUGUCGGACAGAUGACACCGUCUAUGAUGCUGUCAAGCAAUCGGCUCAGAACAACGUAGGGUCUCUCGUGGUUCUUAAGCUGGGGGAGCAACAUCAUAUAGCAGGAAUUCUAACGGAACGAGGCUAUUUGAGGAAGGUGAUUGUGCAAGACAGGUCCUCUAUAUACACAAAAGUUGGGGAGAUCAUGACUAACAAGGACAAGCUAGUGAUAGUUACAUUAGAUACAAGCAUUCUUCAUGCAAUGCAGCUCAUGACUGAGAAUCAGAUUCGGCAUGCCCCGGUUAUAGAUGGGAAGAUAAUAGGCAUGAUUUCCAUUGUGGAUGUUGUGAAAGCUGUAGUAGAGCAACAACAUGAAGAAUUGAAGCGACUAAACGAGUUUAUUCGAGGAGAUUACUAUUAA